GCAGCGGCUGGACAACCACGGAGGGUGACGAGCUUAACGAAAUCAGGGUAGACGACCGCUCUGUUUGGUUGGUGUGCCGUGCGUGCGUUUCGAUCAGCCACGAAAAGCAUGCGCCGAGGCGGCCAUCCUCACCUAGCACGCACUGGCGGACCCAAUUGAACCGCAAUCCACUUCACAGUUUGCCUGCAGCUAGACUUAUCCCUCGUUUUGGAGUCGCAGCUACAACUUUCGAUCCUGCGUCCUAUUUUACGAUAGCGCGCAUUAUGCUGCUACGAUGAUACAACUGAAGGUGAAUUUCCCUUGCAGCUAGCUACGAUACCUGUGUCUGUUGCUGAUGAUGAUUGACGCCAGACGAUGCUUAAUUGCAUCGACAACUCCGGGGCUGCCAUUGUCGAGUGCGUCGCGGUUAUGAGGAAAAAGAAACAGGCUGCGAGGAUAGGGGAUAGGAUCAUCGUCGUUGUUCAGAAGCAAAAGUCCUUCGGCGCCGAGACCCCCGGCGGAUCGAGUUUGAGUAUCGCCAACAAAGUACGAAGAGGGGAUAUUCGACACGCGGUGGUUGUGAGAGCGAGGAAGGAGGAGCGCAGGAAAGAUGGGAGUCUAAUACGUUUCGACGACAAUGCCUGUGUCCUCAUCAACAAGAACGGCGAUCCCAUUGGGACGAGGCUGUCGAGUAUAGUGGGAGCGGAACUACGUGAUAAAAAGUGGUCAAAGAUCUUGUCAUUGGCACCGAUGCACGUAUAAUUCACCCGCUGAGUGCGACUGCAUGCUUGAGUAAAGCUGAAGGAUGGAUACCCCUCGCCAUGUCUGAUAAGAAUUCUUGUACAAACAGCCGGAGGAACAAAAUGUCAACACCAAAAUACUCGAUGUCGAGUUCGUUUUUGUGCGUGCGUCGGCGCUGGCCCAUUUAGACCUUUCUUCUGGC